UGCCAGGCGUUCCAGAAAAAGCACGCAGAUGCUUCAGGUGAUCAAAUUCCACAACCCAGGCAGCCACAGAAUCUGCAAGGUCUAUUAAGGUUUGCAAUGGAAGCACAAGAUGGUGCAACACAAUCCACACCACAACUCCCACUUGAUGAUGAAAGAAGAAACUUCCUGCAAGCAGCCCUGCAAUCUAUGUCAGUUGAUGUGAUUGCAAUAAUGAAAGAAAACAUUACCAAACUCCAGCAGGUGGAAGACAUUAGUGAUGAUAAAGUACCUGAGAUGAUUGAAGCAUUUGAUUGUAUACUGGAUUAUAUUGAUAACAUUGACAUUGCCAAUGAUUUCCAUAAGAUCAAUGGCUUCUCCAUCUUUGAGCCAUGCUUGCGCUGUAAACACGACGAGAUCCGCGCGCGCGUUUGUGAUCUCAUCGCGGAAUUAUCGCAGAAUAAUCCGUACAUUCAGGGCGUGAUUUGUGAAUGCACGAAUGUCCUGCCGAAAUUAUUGAAUACGCUGCGGCAUGAUGAAUGCCAGAUUGUGAAGAUCAAAGCAUUGUAUGCGAUUAGUUGUAUAACGCGGGAAAGCCUCAUUGGUUACGGGAAUUUCCAGACGCACAACGGCCUGGAGGCAUUGCGCAGUGCUUUGGAGACGGGCAAUGAUAAACUACGCACGAAAGCUGCGUUUUUGUCUCAUCUGAAUCGCAAACGCGUCGCGAUUUUCCCCACGCGAUCAAUAUGA